AUGCCCGGGGACAGCCGAGCCGCGGGGACGCAUCACUCGCGCCCGUCGUCCUCCGAGGAGCCGCCAGGCCUGGAGGACCAGGAGCUCCUCCUGGCCGCUGCCUACGUCUCGGACGCCCAGUACAACAGAAACGUCCCGUUUGAGACAUCGCCUCAAGCCAUCAGACUUUACCACUUCUAUAACCACUGGACGAUGCGGGCAGCCACCUACUUCUUCAUUUGGGUCGACCUUGCGCUUGCCCUCUUUGAGGAACCAGCCGUGUUCCCGCUCCCUUUCUUGGUUACCUCGAUAGCAGAAGUGCUCUGUCUGACUGCCUUCUUCGGGAGACUGGUUCACUUUGCGAAAGUCACUCCUCAGAAGGUCUUCUGGAAGGAUACAAAAAACAUCUGCGUCAUGGUAACCAUAGUGCUGACCUUGAUUGAUCUGGUCAUCUAUGCGUCCCUGGAAGCUGUUAACAUCCGAGGAGUUCGAUGGUCAAGGGCCUUGAGGCCAGUCUUCCUCAUUAACUUCCCUGAAAGUCGUCAGAUCCGAAGGGCUUUCCGAAGCAUCCGGAACACGCUGCCCGACAUCCUCUACGUGUUCCUCUUGUUCCUCUUCAGUAUGAUGAUUUUCUCCCUCAUGGCCUUGAAGCUUUUUGGGGACAGGGAUCUCAGAACAGUGGAAGGGUCGCCGUACUUCACCAACAUCCUGGACAUAGCGUUUGAGCUCUAUGUGCUGGUCACCACUGCAAACAGCCCGGAUGUCAUGAUGCCUGCCUACGAGCUCAACUGGUGGUAUUCUCUGUACUUCAUAGCCUACGUCAUCAUCAACACCUACAUCUUCAUGUCCGUCUUCCUGGCUGUUGUCUACAACAACUACAGGAAGCACUUGAAGAAUGAGAUCCACACACUGGCAUACCUGAAGCGUCACAAAAUGACAGAAGCUUUCAACAUCCUGAAAGUAAAGGUGGGCACAGAGUUUGUGGUGAAGGAGGCCCGGUGGAGGCGGCUGGUCAAGGUGGUGGCACCAGGUAUCAGCAGUUCUCACCUGGAGCUCCUGUUGAGGAUCUCCGACGAGGGACAGACGGGGCACGUGGACAAAAUGAACUUUCUACGCUUGGCUGACCUCCUCAACAUCCGGGUGGUCGCCAUCAACAUCAAGAAACACCCACUGGAAACUUGGAUGCCUCGGGUAUACCAGUCGUCCACAAGCCUCUUGGUCCAGAAGAUGGUUCAACACAGGAUUUUUGUCUGGGUUUACGAUGUCAUCAUUCUAAUAAAUGCCAUAUUCAUUGCUUUGGAUGAGAAAGACUCCUUAAUUUCCUACGCAGAAUGGCUUUUCCUUUCUCUGUAUAUCAUUGAGAUUCUCCUGAAAUUGUACACGUAUGAACCCAGCGCUUAUUUUGGAAGGAAGCAGUUCUGGAACUGGUUCGAUACGCUGAUCAUCAUCGCAGCCCUGCUGGCCACUGUGGCCAACACCACCAUUCAAGCGAGAAAAUACAACAGUCAGCAGGUACUGGAUAUUGUCUUGAUUUUGAGAAUACUCCGGCUCCUACGGGUCAUCGUCAGCAUUCAGAGGUUCCGGGUGAUCGUGACCACCUUAAUUAACAUUGGCCCCACAAUGCUGACAUUCGGCGGCCUGGUCUUGGUGGUCUACUAUGCAUUUGCCAUCAUUGGGAUGGAAGCGUUCCACGGCAAAGUCCACUUCCUGGACCCCGGUUCUGGCAGUCCUGAUGCCGCGGUGUGUGGGAACCCAGCCUUAAAAGACUCAGCAUUUGCCCGAGGCAGGUACUGCAAAAACAACUUCAACAACCUGGCGUCCUCACUCAUCCUGCUGACGGAGCUCACUGUGGUUAACCAGUGGCAUGUCCUCGCAGACGGCUUUGCCCUCGUGACACACCAGGCAGCAAAGCUGUAUUUCAUCGGCUUCCACGUUGUGGUCGUCAUUCUCAUCGUGAAUAUUUUCAUAGCAUUCAUCUUGGAGGCGUUUUUUGUGGCAUAUUCGUUAGAAAAGAGUGAAGUGGAAACUGCCAUUGAGAAGAAGAUUCAGGAGCUUGGAGUGGGGGUCCAAGAGGAAGACAUGAAGGACGGGGGGCUCAUUGACAAUGUGGACACCAAGGACAGUGGCUUCAGUGCGGACGAAGGAGGCAACAAAAAGCAGGACUUGAGAGGCCUGUACUUCAGAAUUGCAUCCAAAAAGUAUAAGACGGUGGACACUUUGUUGCAGCAGAUGUUUGAGUCUGAAAUAGCUCCAGAGGGUAAAGACCCUUCCUUGGAGGAGAUUCUGAACUUCUCGCCCAAGAAGCUCAAUUUUGAUAACAGUGCCUGA